AUGGGAUUUACUUGUUCAAAUAAAGCGAAACGGUGGUGGGCUUUCGGUGUUGCAGCGUUCGUUUGUAUCGUUGCCAUAAUUUUUGGCGUGGCAUGGCCUAUAGCAGUUCGGGAAGAAAUAGAGAAAGAACUUCUUUUGAAACCCGGCAGUCAAGUUUACGAAAAUUGGAUGAAAUCGCCAGUCGAUAUAUACCUUGAGUUAUAUCUUUGGAACUGGACUAAUACAGACGAUUACCAAAAGGAAGGAUAUAAACCACGGCUGCAACAGUUGGGACCGUAUACAUUUCGGGAGAUACAUGAACGAGAAGACCUCGUUUGGAACGAUGAUUUCACAUUAACAUUCUAUCAGAAACGUAUUUGGCAUUACGAGCCAGACCUGUCUGCUGGUGACUUGGAAAACGAUAUAGUCGUGUCAAUUAACCCAAUAUUAUUGACAGUUGGUUACGCCACGAGGGAUCAUCCAUUGCAAUCGUCGUUGGAUGAUUUGAUAAAUGCAAACCCAGAAAUGAUAAAUUCUCCCUUUUACGAGGUACCCGUUAAGGAUAUUUUAUUUGACGGCUAUGAUGAUGUUUUUCUCAAAGCAUUGCUGAAUCUUGCCGAACUGUUUCCGCACAUCAUUGAAGGAAUCGAACUACCACCGUUUGAUAAAUUUGGCUGGUUCUACGGGCGUAAUAAUAGUAAAACCUACGAUGGAAAAUUCACGAUUGGAACAGGUUUGGACAGAUGGGAAACUAUGGGAAUGAUGCACCGAUGGAAUGGAGCUAGACAAACGAAAUUCUACCGAGGUGAAUGUGGCUUAGUUCAUGGAUCCACAGGAGAACUUUGGCCACCUUUUCAGGAUAUGAGAUCAAAUGUUACCGUUUUUUCGCCAGAUAUAUGCAGUGCAAUGUCACUUGAGUUCGACGGUGAAGUCAAUAUACACAAUAUAGAUGGGUACAAGUGGAAAGGUAAUGAAAGGCCUUUUGAUAAUGGCCAUAGAUAUAGCGAGACCAAGUGUCAAUGCACUGCGCCAGAGGAGAGUUGUCCCGUGUUGGCACCAGGCGUCUUAGAUGUAUCACAAUGCCGAUUUGGUGCUCCAGCAACAGUGUCUUAUCCGCAUUUUUACCUAGCCGAUGAAAAGUACUUAGAUGCGGUCGAUGGAAUGGAACCCGAUAAAUCCCGUCAUGAAUUUACACUUGCACUGGAACCGCACACUGGAAUAGCGCUCGGAGUCAAAGCUCAGCUACAAGUUAAUCUGGAUGUUAAACACUACGGCUUAACCUGGCUUAAAGAUUUACCCGAAGUGAUGUUGCCCAUUCUAUGGUUUUGCCAAAGAGCUGAUAUUUCGGCGGAACUUGCUAGUGAUAUAAAGUUACUUCUCAUUCUACCGGAUAUUGGAAUAUACAUUGCUAUUGGCCUUGGCAUCGUUGGACUGAUCAGUUUUGCGUUGGCGUUGUAUUGCUCGUUGAAGGUUUGGAAGACAUCGGAACCAGAAACAAUACAAGAUAAUGUCCAAACUGUUCAAUAUAAAUAA